AUGACAACACUUGCUGAAAUCCUUCAGAAUCCAGAGUUUGGACCUUUUCAUGUCACUGGAAAGGAGGUCAAUGAGCAACUUUUGACUGCCAUUGACUAUGCUGCAAAAAAUUCAACGUCUCUUAAUGCUGUAAAAGAGUUGCUGGGAUCCUGUUUUCUUGUACUUUUGGAGGCCUGUCAUGGUGUGGCAGAUAAAUUUGAGCUUUCAGAUGAAGCUGUGACAGCACUAGCAGACUUCAAGAGAUGUGAACGGGAGAGGUACGAGUUGCUGAAGAAGACAGAGAUGGAUGGUGCUGAUGACAAAAGACAAGAAGGAGUUCAACUGCUUGACUUAGCAAUAACAAAGGGAAAGCAAGAUGUGAAAAGAGUAUUGGAGAGACAGAAGAAGACAGAAGAAGCUCAAACCCUUCAAAAGUUUGUUAACAAAAAAGAAGAACUUGAUCAAGAAAUUAACCGAGAAAUUGAAGAGUUGAAAUUGAUGAGUGACAACUGUGAAGGUGACAUAGAUAUAAUAGCCAAAAACCUGGAAACCCUAGGUCAAUCAGUUGAGGUGGCCUUCAAAAAGUAUACAGAUGAGGACAAAAGUUUGUGCAAAAAAUUACAAGAGAACAGAACAGAGCAACAGGAGCUGCAGCAGCGUUUGAAUGCACUAAAGGAACAUGAACAGCAAUUGGAAGAAGACAGACAAAAGCGAAGAGAAAUCCAGGAAAAAGCAGACCAGACAGCAGAAAAAGCUAGACAAGAGUUGGAGAAGUGGCGCCAACAAAUCCAGGAGCUACAUGACAGAUGUCAGGCUGCUCUGCAUGUUAUGGGCGAAUUUAGAGAUGGUUCCAGUAAAUUGAUGGAAGCUUCCAUUGAAAGCAAAAGGAAAGAAGAACAAGAUCUCAAUGAGCAGGACAUUGUGGCUCACAGAAGACUUCGAGAUGCAACAGCAGCAGCUGCUGUUGAGUGCAAACAGCAUAUUGAAAACUGUGAUGAAAACCUGAAAUUCCUCAAAAAACAGAUAACAAGCUUGAAGGAAGAGAAAAAAUCCAAAGCCAAAAGUGGUUUGAAAGUUGUUGUGGGUGAAAUUAUGGAGAAACUGAAGAAGUAUGAGGAAUCGUAUGGCCAGGAGAAACAAACAAAAGCAGAAAAUGAGCAAAAAUUUGAGGUUUACAAGAAAGAAAUGCAAGACUUGGAUGAGCGUUUGAGUGCACUUGGAGACAUUGUGGAGGCAUUUGACGAUAUUUAUCGCCGUGUGCAGGACGAAGUGAACAUGCUCUGGGAGGGUGAAGGGCACUCCUCAUUGGAAGAUUGA